AGCAAUUGAAGAAAGGACUCCAAGAGAUGGUCAUUAGUGACCAAUGGUCUUCUUAUAAGGAAGAUGAUGUUGCAAAGGCUAAAUUUGUGAAAGAUACUUUGUUGGAUGAUAAAUGGUGGGAUAAUGUUGAUUAUAUUCUUUCUUUCACUAGCCCUAUCUAUGAUGUUCUUAGAAGAACGGAUACAGAAGCUUCAUCUCUCCAUCUAGUAUAUGAGAUGUGGGAUUCAAUGAUUGAAAAGGUGAAGAAUGUCAUAUAUCAAUAUGAGAGAAAGGAGGAGAGUGAAGGAUCAACCUUUUAUGAGGUAGUGCACUCCAUAUUAAUUGAUCGUUGGACUAAGAGUAGCACUCCUCUCCAUUGUUUAGCUCAUUCUUUAAAUCCUAGAUAUUAUAGUCAUGAAUGGUUAAGUGAAGAUUCUAAUCGAGUUCCUCCACAUCAAGACAUGGAACUCACUCGUGAAAGAUUAAAAUGCUUCAAGAGGUUCUUUCUUGAUGUGGAUGUAAGGAGGAAAGUGAAUAUUGAGUUUGCCAACUUCUCGAAUGGAAGAGAAGGUUUUGAUGAUCUUGAUUCUUUAAAUGAUAGAGGUCAAAUGGAUCCAAAAGCUUGGUGGCUAGUUCAUGGCAUUAAUGCUCCAAUACUUCAAAAAGAUUGCCCUUAAGCUACUUGCGCAACCUUGUUCAUCUUCUUGUUGUGAAAGGAAUUGGAGUACAUAUUCAUUUAUCCAUUCUUUAAAGAGAAACAAGAUGGCACCACAUAGAGCUGAAG